AGCAAAAAGAAGGGUUAUCUGCCUGCAUUGAACGUGAUCUUCUCCGGAUACUCUUGUGAGGAGAUAUUUAAAUUAUAUUUGUUUAUCGUAUAUUUAUAUUUAAUUUUAAAUAAAAAUAUUUAAAAUAAUUUUAACUUGCACCACAAUGUAAGAUAAAGGUAUACCAUUUGAAGAUCCUGAAAAUUGAUCCGGAGAGGAUCUUCAUUCGCCUGGCGUUGGUUCCACUUUUUCCUCUUGGUCUUUUCCUUCAACUUCGUAGGACCAUGGCUUUAAAGUAUGCGGUACACUCCUUCCUGAUUAACGAAAGAGAAAUUGUGCUCUAGCCCAUUGCCACUUUCCCAAUUUCCUCUCACUUUCCUUUUUCCCAUUUCACCUACUUCUUUGCAUUAUUCUGCACCAUUGACUUGUGGGCUUUGCAAAGACUCAGUCUUCGGUUCGUCGUGUUGGAUUUUGCUUGUGUUUGGGAGUCUUGAACUUUCUGGGGGGUGUGGGGGUUUGGAGUGAGAGAGCAAAGCUACAAAGUUCAUAUUUUUCUUUGCAUUCAAGCUGAAUUUCAGGUGAGAAAAAUCCAUCAAGUUUUAUACUUUGUGCAGAAAUCUCAUCUGGGUUUUUACUUUUGCUUUACCUAGUGAAAUAUUUAGCUCUUGGGUUGCUUAGGAUCUAGCCAAAUCCCAAGUCUUUGUGGUUAAUUUUGUAGUUCUUCAACUUACUCAUAGAUUGUAUUCGAUUCGAUUUCGAGCAUUUGGCUGCUUGGAGAGCACUAGGAGGAAAAGUAAUUAUUUUUUUUUACUAGUCGAGCAUAGUUAGGUGUUGGGAAGUUCUGAUUAUCUGAACCCAAAUGAUGGGAGGAAAAUCCAGUAAAAACCUUGAAAACCUUGAAACUACUACCAUCUCCCAGGACAGCGCCGAUUUGAGCUCCUAUGAGGCAGCUUGUAAGCUCGAUCCAGCCUUGCAAUCGUUUGAUGUCAAUCUCCAGCAGCGCACAAGCCGUGUCAUUCACUCGCUUUCAGCUGGGUUGGAUUUUCGGUCCCUAUCCCUUGACUCGCUCAAGGAGGUUACCGAUUGCUUGCUUGACAUGAACCAGGAAGUGGUCAAGGUGAUUCUAGAAUGCAAGAAGGAUAUAUGGAAAAGUAAAGAAAUGUUCUCUCUUGUGGAGGAAUACUUUGAGAACAGUCUUCAAACGUUGGAUUUUUGUACUUCCCUCGAGCAAUGUCUUAAGCGUGCGCUCAAUACCCAGCUGAUAAUUCAAGCUGCAGUUAGGCAGUUUGAGGAAGAAGUAGGUGCCGGGGCAGAUGGGAACGGGUGUGCAAGAACCUUAAAAGAAUUGAGGGCGUUUAAGGCGGCUGGGGAUCCUUUCACGGACGAGUUCUUUAUACUGUUUCAAGCAGUUUACAAGAACCAGGCAUCCAUGUUUGAGAAACUGCAACUUCGUAAGAGAAAACUUGAUAAGAAGUUCAAAUCAAUGAAAGCUUGGAGGAGGCUGUCAAAUGUUAUUUUCGUUGCUACAUUUGUCUCAGUAUUGGUUUUCUCUGUAGUGGCAGCUGCCAUUGCUGCACCACCACUUGUAACGGCCCUGGCAGGAGCAUUGGCUAUCCCAAUAGGUUCAGUUGGAAAAUGGUGUAAUAUUCUUUGGAAUAACUACGAGAAAGGACUGAAAGGGCAGAGGGAGAUAAUCAGCUCAAUGCAGAUUCGAACGUUCGUCACAAUGAAGGACCUGGAUAGCAUCCGGGUGCUUGUUGACAAAUUUGAAAUUGGGAUUGAGUCACUGUUGCACAAUGUUGAUUUUGCUAUUAGAGAAGAGGGGUCGGCUGUGAAGCUAGUGAUGGAUGAGAUCAAGAAAAAGCUUGAUGUGUUUGUGGAAACCAUUGAUAAUCUAAGCCAGCAUGCUGAUAAGUGUAGCCGGGAUAUAAGGAAGGCAAGGACAGUGAUUUCGCAGAGAAUAAUUGGGUAUCCCAACAAAUGAAAGGCCCUUUCGUUGAUGUUGAUCCCACCGCAAGCUUGUGAAAGGGAGGUGCCAUGUGCGUGGUAUGUGCAAGAAAUUAUUUCGUAGCUGGAAUGUCUGCAAGCAUUAGAAGAAUGUGGAAUUUGGAGCUCACUUUCUGCACUUUGAAUGGUUAUAUGGAUUCACAAAAUGAGAUGAGUUUGAGAAUAGUUAUAUUUCUUGAUUCUCUAUCAUAUAGGUAGAGAUAAAGAUCGUUCGUCUUCAGUCUGAUACAUAUUGGACGGCCUAAUGAAUCCAACGGCUGAAGAGUUUCUGCAUGAUGAAGGGGCUCGGUAUUGAAGUUACACUUGGUUUUAUUAGUCAAUAAGCUGAGAAAGCAUGCAUUGUUGAUAGGCAGAAAUUUGUUUUAUGAUUUUGCUUCGUUGAUUAUAUCGCUUCAUCUGUGGAAUUUUUGGGGACACAUUAAUCUCUAGUUUUCGACUGUUACAUGAUUAAUUGAUUUAAGAACUUCAAAAAAAGAACGGAUUUCUUUAA